AUGAUCAAGCACUUUGCCAAGGAGAUGUUUACUCAAGCCGGUAUGAGACUGUUUGUAUUGGGAUCCUGGAAGGAUGAGCAGGGCAGCCUCCUUACAUCUGGGCAAGUUCAUGCAUUCAUUCGGUCGGUCGGUCGGUCGGUCAUCAUGUUUACAUGGUUUGGCAGGUUCGACUUCAAUGAACAGCUCGGCAAGGGCUCCAGCUUCAUGAAGUGCAAGGACUGGCAGGUCAUCUUACCGGCAUGGGAAGAUUUCAUCGGUGAUGUAUUCGAUCAGGAUCAAGACCAGGAUGGCAUCCUGCUCGGAGGCACUCGCCAGGGUUCCAAACCAUACUAUGAGUUUGACCUGGACCGCAUGGGUUUGCCGAUCUUGCCAGAUAUUGAUGGUUUCUCGCUCAACACAAAGAAGGGUGUCAUUCAGGACAACCAAGUCGGCCCAACAUUCCAGUUCAAGGCUUGGAUUGAUGACAAGGGCAAGAUGCACCCACCGGUCGGCAAAGAGUCUGAUGACUCUGAUGGUGAUGCCGACAAUGAGGCCGUGCAGCCCAUGCUGACCAAAAAGUCACGGACCACGGUUGCACUGUCACUGCCCGGACAUCCCAAAGGUCGACCGAGAUCCAUCAAACGGGCUUACAUCAGUUCUGCCGAUGAAGAAUCUAGCGACGCCGAUGCAGAACUCAGCGAUCAAGUCGGAUGCCAGUCAGAGUCGGAUGACCGACCACCACGGAUGAGCUUGUGA